UUUCCGGUGUCUUGUAACAUUUUACUUCCUUCUACACAGACCGACACGAACAAACCAAAAAAGAAGACAUCGUUAACUUUCCAAUGCUGUUGUCAACACUCGUGUAUUCUAUUUCAUUUUGCUCGAUUUCUUACCAUAAACAUUACAGAAUGUGGUAAGUAGUGGCUACAUACUGAAGAAUUGUUGGUAAAAGUAGACUCUAGCGCGAAGGCCUCCGAAGAAAGUUUGGUCGCGGCCCUGUAAACAACAUGUCCUCCGCCUCGCAGUCUUCCUCUAGACGGCAGUGGUGCUACCUCUGCGACCUGCCCAAGAUGCCAUGGGCCAUGCUCUGGGAGUUUAGCGAGGCUGUGUGCCGGGGCUGUGUCAACUACGACGGCGCGGACAGGAUAGAGCUGCUGAUCGAAACCGCGCGCCAGUUAAAAAGCUCACAUGGUGUUUUAGACGGCAGGUCUCCCGGGCCACAACAGAGCAAACCCAGCUCCUCUGGACCCAUUGAAGCGGGUAGGCAGCACGGGGAGCGCCCAGACAGGGGGAGGGGGGACUACGGGACAUCUUCACGUCUCCCCAAUGGCCUCCAUAGAGCAGAAGAUGUGGCCUUGUCAGAGGGAAGCCGCCAGAGCCCAAACACUCGGCGGGCCAUAGCUGGGACAAUGCCGAGCCUACACGGGGCUUUACCUGCUCAUGCUCUCAUAGCCCAGGGCCUGGUCGCAGCCCCUCACGGUCUUUUAGCCCCCUUAGCAGGUUCUAGAGCAGGGAGCGCUCCUAUAGCUGUGUCUGCAGGUCCUUUGAUGGGAGAUGGUGCCAGAAGGCAGCCUGUGCCCCUAGGGGUCGGGGCUAGCACCUCUGCUAUGGGCAUAGACCCUGUCGUGUGGAGGAACAAUGACGUUAUGGCUGAACUCAAUGAGAUUGCUCGAAAUCGUGUGGAAGGUUGGCCAAAUCGUCCUAAAGCAGUGCGGGAUGUUCUUGUAGCUCUCAACAGCUGUGUGCCAUUCAGUGUGCGCUUUAGGAAAGACCACAAUCUAAUGGGCAAGGUCCUGGGUUUUGAUUCCACACCCACUCCAGAGUUUGAGCUCAAAGUGUUUGUGGAGUACCCCUGUGGCUCUGCCGUGGUCUUUUCGGGGGUGCCAGACCUGGUGAGGCAGAUGUUCCGUGAUUCAGCAAAGGAUGCUGGGAAAGCAGUGAACUCUGGGCUGCGUUAUGUGGAAUAUGAGAAGAGACACAACAGUGGCGACUGGCGUGGCUUAUCCGAGCUCCUGAACGAUGGUGUGCGUCUUUUCAAAGAGCCCCCUAUUCCCGAAGUUUUGCCUCAGCCAGAUCCAGUGUUGUCCAUGGCCACUACAGGACGUCCUGUGUCAUCUAAAAGCACUAGUCGGCGUCGCAAGGCUUCUCCGGGGUCAGAGAACGGUGAGAGUGAAGGCCGACCGGAGCACUUGGGCAGAGAGGCCUGGCCCAGGGGAGGGUACCCCAGCAUGGAGACCCAUCCCCCCGAUGGUCCUCCUCGCCUUCACAGCCAGCCUUCACCCAUUUCGGCACUCAUGGGAGUAGCAGACAGCCUGAGCUCCAGUCAGCUUGCUCGGGACAGUCCCAACAUGUCCACUGGGCACACCUCCUCAGUGGGCCGCCCCCCCAGCAGCAGCCCUUCCACAGCCUCCACGUCUGUGUCCCAGGCCGCUAUGGGCCAAGGCUCCGCCUCUGGAGCAUCCAAUAACACUACAGCGGGUGAGUCGAGCAGUGGAGCCCAGCCCGCUCUGCUCUGCUGCACACUGUGUCGAGAGCGCCUGGAGGACACACACUUUGUCCAGUGUCCCUCUGUGCCGCACCAUAAGUUCUGUUUUCCGUGCACACGGGGAUUCAUCCGGAGCCAAGGCCAGGGCAGUGAGGUGUACUGCCCCAGCGGAGAGCGCUGUCCCCUGGUGGGCUCCAACGUACCUUGGGCGUUCAUGCAAGGAGAGAUCUCCACCAUCCUGGCAGCUGACGCAGAUGUGACGGUCAAAAAGGAGAGUGACCCUUGACGUGUGGUCAAUGUGGAGCAUAAACUGAAAGCACUUCCCAUAUCGUCAAGCAGAGGUCCGCUGUGGCUGCAGUGCUGUGGGCCUCUAUAGCCAGGAGAACAGAACCCAUGGUCCACUCACUCGAGGGCGGCGCUCACCUGGUGCAUCGCGGCCGAACGUUUCCGUCUAAAACUCCAUCAGGAGUCGCAGAGGCUGGUCAUUUCACCCAGGAUCAAAAGCACACGCUUCUUUUAUGAAUGACAAUCUUUUUAUGUUAACAUGAUAUACUUUUGCAUAUUGUCCUAUACUGACAUAAGACACUGAUACUCAAAUAAUACACUUCUCUAAAAAUGACAAACACAAUGAAUGUCCAAAAUGUGGCAAAACCAAGAGGUCCUUAAACAUCAAGGUGUGAGCUAUACCCUUAUUGUUUGUCUUUUAUUAUAUAUCAAAAAUGUGAAUUUACUUUCAAUAAGGCUCUGUAAUUUCUAUUUUUGAUACAAUACAAAUUUAUAUGCAUUUGUUUAUAGUUUUGAGAAGACCAAAGAUGGCUUCAUGCUCAUGUAAUUUCUGUAUUGUAGCUGUGUAUCUCGUAUUUACUGUCGACCUUGGCAUUUGUCACUAAUUUGUUCAUCAGAUGUAAGCUUGCUUUGUCUUUAUUUACUUUUUUGAAUUAUAUGUAUGGUAACUUCAAAUGGUUAACCCACAUUCGUGAUCGUACUUGGUCAGCUCUAUAAUAAAAGAUAAAUAGGUAUA